AUGCCCAGCGUCGAUGAGAAGAAGCGAGAACAGGACCGCAGAUACCUACUUGAGGCUGCACAACGAAAGGUACAACUGCAGAUGGCCGGAAUUGAUAAGAAGAUAUAUGAUGAGACGGGCAAGUUCACUCCGGCCAUGGUGGAGGAUUGGGAUGCCAAAGCUAGAGCUCGAGCUGCGGCGAACAGCGAAGCCCGCAUGGAAAACCAUGGCAAGGUCCACAUCGGCCACGGCAAAUUCAUGGAUCAGUCUGAGAUUGAUGCAAUUGCUCAGGCCAGAAUGCAACCGACGCUCGAUGAGAUCAACGAGAAGACUGAGAAGCGGCUGGCCGAAGAAGAGGAGCGGCGUUUAGAGUUGGCGGAGGAGAAGCGACAGCAGCAAAUUGAGCAUGAGCGUGCUGCUGAGAUCAAGGCUGAAGAGAAAGCCUCCAAGGGUAAGUGA